ACUCUAAUUAAUGCUCACCAAAGACAUCGGCAGCAUGUCGUUUGUGUCCGCUCGCGAGUUGGAGGCUGCUCGCGAGCAGAGGAAGAAAGAUGUGAAGGAAAUGCGAGAUGAGGCUCUCCGAGAAGCGAGGGAAAGCUUCGAGAAGCAGAGGAAGCGGGAGGAACUGAAACGAGCCCGUGGCGAAGACACCUGGAUUGUCCCUGCCGUGAGAACACGCCUGGGGUUCAAGGGAGAGACGGGUCACUCCUCCGAGAAGAAGAAACGUAAAAAGAAGAAAGAGAAAAAGCACAAGAAGGACCGCUCGAAAACGGAAAAGAGCCAGAACGAAAGUGAAAGUGACAGUGGAGCAGAGAGUGAAGGAGAGAUGUGGAUUGAGAAGGGGACCACCUCGGCUCCAUCUGUAACUGAAACUGAAAACCCCAGUUCAGGAGGAGUGGUGGGUGCUACUGAGGCCCCGGGUCCAGCAAAACUAAAGAGAGAAGACUGGAUGACGAUGCCUCUGGGGGCCUCCGACAGAACCCUCUCUCUCCUCGCAGAGAGGCAGAGAGGGACGGAGGAGGAGCGACAGAAGCAGAGGGAGAAGGAGAGAGAGACCAACUAUCUAGACAAGCCUGGACACCACCCAAGGGAACUAAAUCCUUUCUGGAAGGACGGCGGGAAAGGCCUCCCUUCAACCAGCGAUGAAACCAUUGCUCCCGAUUCAAACCACGCUCGGGACACUACUUCGUCGUCUCGGCGGCCCAAGAGACCACUCGGUGACGGUGGACACAGCUGGCUGUUGAGAGCGUACAAACGAGCUAUAGAGCAAGCCAGUGACAGUGGCCACACCGUGGAAGAGAUUGCCGUCGAACGCUGGGGGUCGCUGGAGAAACUCUACUCACUGCUGAACGCAGCAGGGGAUUGAUCCCGAUGAUCCAGAUGCACCGCCCAAGGGACGCACAAAGAGAGAGUAUUUGUAUUCUAGAACGAGAAGACUGGACGAUUACUCAGAGAGGCGUUCGGUUGAGAGGUUUGAUCGAAGACGAGAGAGAGUGACGGAGAGGAGAGAGGAACGUGAGGAGGUGGACGUGGGGGAGAGGAGAAGGGGUGAGGAGGAGAGGAGGGAAAGAGGGGAGAGGAGGGAGGGACGCAGGGAAGAGACGAGAGUGGGCUACAAGUACCGGAGACACGAAGGGGACAUCGAGAAGCGAAAGAGAGACUUGAAACAAAGAUUUCGAAAACCGGCUCCAGACUCUUCAGCCUCCAGCGAUCACAGCGAGUUUUUGAAACCUGGCGACCUGGAGACAGGUCCCCAUUCUCGCUCGACCGGUAUCGGAACUGGUAUGACCACUACAUCAUCCUCCUCCGGGCAAGGCUGGAGAAAGAAUAAAUCAUCCCCGGCUCCAGAAAGCUCUGUGAUCAGUACCGAAAUCACUACUGAUUCUGUCGCAGUUAGCAAAUCUUCCCCGCCCUCUGAAUCAGAGGCGUCUCGCGAAAAGAUUUUUUCCACCACCGAAGAAAUGUCUGGUUUUGGGGAGAGUGCUGAGAAGGCCAGAGAAACGCCAGUAGCUUUGCCAGACAAGCCCGUGACUGAGGCUCAACUGAAUUCUCUCGGAGCUAAACUCUUGAAGGCGGAGCUGGUGGGAAACACGGGAAAAGUCGAGAAGUUGAAAAGUGAGCUCGAGCGACUGAGGGAAGUGAAGAGACUUCAGGAGAGCACCCUAUCAUCUGGUGUUUCGAAUAGGGCCACAAGAGAAGAGAAAACGCUAGUUUUGACAAAAACCGAUCGUUUCGGUAGAGAGAAACCACUCCAGCUUCCGUCGACUUCCCAAGGCUACCGCCCGCAGCCAAAGGGAGCCACGCACACAAAGAAAGGAAAACGAGAGAAGUAUUUCCACGACGACGAUCGCUACAGUCUAAAAGAGCUGGUUGAGCAGGAAAGAAUGAUGACGGCCGAAGAGACGCACGCUGCUAUCGCGCGAAUGGCCUCGAAAUUCGUACCCGCCUCCGGCGCAGACGAAACGGUCGACGACGCAUUUGAUUCUAAAUCAGCAAUGAAAUACGACGAAACUAAAGAGCUCGAAAAGGCCAAGAAGCGCUCCGUUGCGGAAAACCGUAAAAUGGCCGAUGCAGUCGACAAAUGCCAGCUCUGUUUCGAUAAUCCCAACUUCAACAAGCACCUCCUCAUAGCAGUCGGCAUGAACACGUACGUCUGUGCCCCCUGGCACACGUCACUGGCAGAGGGCCACUGCUACAUAGUGCCAAUGGAGCACGUGACUUGUUCCCUCUUUCUCGACGAAAACGUAUGGAGCGAGGUGGACAUCUUCCGAAAGGGGCUCACUCGAAUGUUUGCCGAUCGCGAUCUCGACGUUGUGUUUAUGGAGACGUUUACGAGCGUGAAGAGAAAGACGCACAUGUACAUCGACUGCGUCCCGAUUCCCCGCGAAGAGGGAGAGCUCGCUCCGAUGUAUUUCAAAAAAGCCAUUCUCGAAUCGGACGAAGAGUGGGCGCAGAACAAGAAGCUGAUCGACACGAGAGCGAAAGGUGUUCGCGGUUCUCUACCCACGGGGCUACCGUACUUCUUUGCAGAGUUUGGGCUGGACGGUGGGUUCGGUCACGUGAUUGAAGACACGGAUCAAUUUCCACACUAUUUCGGUCGGGAAGUGGUGGGUGGACUCCUCGAUCUGAGCCCUCGACUCUGGCUAAAGCCUCGCCGCGAGGAAUUCGACAAACAGAGGGAAAAGGUGGUGAAACUGAGCGAAUGGUGGGCACCGUACGACUGGACUCAGAAACUAAAACAAACA